AUGUUGCAGGCCUGUGGGGGUGAAGAAUGGAGAGAUGGAGGAGGGAAGAAGAGCGAGAUGGGUGAAAAGGAGAGAAGUUUCAUUCAUGAGCACGAGAAGGGGGUGGCACUUCCCGCAGGUAUGUCGCUCUACAUUCCCUGCCCGGCGGGUAUUGAUGCUCUACAUACCCUGCCCCGGCGGGUAUUGACGCUCUACAUACCCUGCCCCGGCGGAACCCUCUCCCCUCCCCCACACCUGCAGGAUGAGCUCAUAGGCCACCACAGCCCCCGAGCUUCUCUCCUUGAGGACGCGAUGCCGCACGAUGAGCUCAUAGGCCACCAUAGCCCCCGAGCUGCUCUCCUUGAGGACGCGAUGCCGCACGAUGAGCUCAUAGGCCACCACAGCCCCCGAGUUUCUCUCCUUGAGGACGCGAUGCCGCACGAUGAGCUCAUAGGCCACCACAGCCCCCGAGCUUCUCUCCUUGAGGACGCGAUGCCGCACGAUGAGCUCAUAGGCCACCAUAGCCCCCGAGCUGCUCUCCUUGAGGACGCGAUGCCGCACGAUGAGCUCAUAGGCCACCACAGCCCCCGAGAUUCUCUCCUUGAGGACGCGAUGCCGCACGAUGAGCUCAUAGGCCACCAUAGCCCCCGAGCUUCUCUCCUUGAGGACGCGAUGCCGCACGAUGAGCUCAUAGGCCACCACAGCCCCCGAGAUUCUCUCCUUGAGGACGCGAUGCCGCACGAUGAGCUCAUAGGCCACCAUAGCCCCCGAGCUUCUCUCCUUGAGGACGCGAUGCCGCACGAUGAGCUCAUAGGCCACCAUAGCCCCCGAGCUGCUCUCCUUGAGGACGCGAUGCCGCACGAUGAGCUCAUAGGCCACCACAGCCCCCGAGCUUCUCUCCUUGAGGACGCGAUGCCGCACGAUGAGCUCAUAGGCCACCAUAGCCCCCGAGCUUCUCUCCUUGAGGACGCGAUGCCGCACGAUGAGCUCAUAGGCCACCAUAGCCCCCGAGCUGCUCUCCUUGAGGACGCGAUGCCGCACGAUGAGCUCAUAGGCCACCACAGCCCCCGAGCUUCUCUCCUUGAGGACGCGAUGCCGCACGAUGAGCUCAUAGGCCACCAUAGCCCCCGAGCUGCUCUCCUUGAGGACGCGAUGCCGCACAUCCUCUCGGGAGGCCACCAUAGCCCUCGAGCUGCUCUCCUUGAGGACGCGAUGCCGCACGAUGAGCUCAUAGGCCACCACAGCCCCCGAGCUUCUCUCCUUGAGGACGCGAUGCCGCACGAUGAGCUCAUAGGCCACCAUAGCCCCCGAGCUGCUCUCCUUGAGGACGCGAUGCCGCACAUCCUCUCGGGAGGCCACCACAGCCCCCGAGCUUCUCUCCUUGAGGACGCGAUGCCGCACGAUGAGCUCAUAGGCCACCAUAGCCCCCGAGCUGCUCUCCUUGAGGACGCGAUGCCGCACAUCCUCUCGGGAGGCCACCACAGCCCCCGAGCUUCUCUCCUUGAGGACGCGAUGCCGCACGAUGAGCUCAUAGGCCACCAUAGCCCCCGAGCUGCUCUCCUUGAGGACGCGAUGCCGCACGAUGAGCUCAUAGGCCACCACAGCCCCCGAGCUUCUCUCCUUGAGGACGCGAUGCCGCACGAUGAGCUCAUAGGCCACCACAGCCCCCGAGCUUCUCUCCUUGAGGACGCGAUGCCGCACGAUGAGCUCAUAGGCCACCAUAGCCCCCGAGCUGCUCUCCUUGAGGACGCGAUGCCGCACGAUGAGCUCAUAGGCCACCAUAGCCCCCGAGCUGCUCUCCUUGAGGACGCGAUGCCGCACGUCCUCUCGGGAGAACCCUCUCCCCUCCCCCACACCUGCAGGAUGAGCUCAUUGGCCACCAUAGCCCCCGAGCUUCUCUCCUUGAGGACGCGAUGCCGCACGUCCUCUCGGGAGGAUGAGCUCAUAGGCCACCACAGCCCCCGAGCUUCUCUCCUUGAGGACGCGAUGCCGCACGUCCUCUCGGGAGAACCCUCUCCCCUCCCCCACACCUGCAGGAUGAGCUCAUUGGCCACCAUAGCCCCCGAGCUGCUCUCCUUGAGGACGCGAUGCCGCACGUCCUCUCGGGAGGAUGAGCUCAUAGGCCACCACAGCCCCCGAGCUUCUCUCCUUGAGGACGCGAUGCCGCACGAUGAGCUCAUAGGCCACCAUAGCCCCCGAGCUUCUCUCCUUGAGGACGCGAUGCCGCACGAUGAGCUCAUAGGCCACCAUAGCCCCCGAGCUGCUCUCCUUGAGGACGCGAUGCCGCACGAUGAGCUCAUAGGCCACCACAGCCCCCGAGCUUCUCUCCUUGAGGACACGAUGCCGCACGAUGAGCUCAUAGGCCACCAUAGCCCCCGAGCUGCUCUCCUUGAGGACGCGAUGCCGCACAUCCUCUCGGGAGGCCACCAUAGCCCUCGAGCUGCUCUCCUUGAGGACGCGAUGCCGCACGAUGAGCUCAUAGGCCACCACAGCCCCCGAGCUUCUCUCCUUGAGGACGCGAUGCCGCACGAUGAGCUCAUAGGCCACCAUAGCCCCCGAGCUGCUCUCCUUGAGGACGCGAUGCCGCACAUCCUCUCGGGAGGCCACCACAGCCCCCGAGCUUCUCUCCUUGAGGACGCGAUGCCGCACGAUGAGCUCAUAGGCCACCAUAGCCCCCGAGCUGCUCUCCUUGAGGACGCGAUGCCGCACGAUGAGCUCAUAGGCCACCACAGCCCCCGAGCUUCUCUCCUUGAGGACGCGAUGCCGCACGAUGAGCUCAUAGGCCACCACAGCCCCCGAGCUUCUCUCCUUGAGGACGCGAUGCCGCACGAUGAGCUCAUAGGCCACCAUAGCCCCCGAGCUGCUCUCCUUGAGGACGCGAUGCCGCACGAUGAGCUCAUAGGCCACCACAGCCCCCGAGCUUCUCUCCUUGAGGACGCGAUGCCGCACGAUGAGCUCAUAGGCCACCACAGCCCCCGAGCUUCUCUCCUUGAGGACGCGAUGCCGCACGAUGAGCUCAUAGGCCACCAUAGCCCCCGAGCUGCUCUCCUUGAGGACGCGAUGCCGCACAUCCUCUCGGGAGGCCACCAUAGCCCUCGAGCUGCUCUCCUUGAGGACGCGAUGCCGCACGAUGAGCUCAUAGGCCACCACAGCCCCCGAGCUUCUCUCCUUGAGGACGCGAUGCCGCACGAUGAGCUCAUAGGCCACCACAGCCCCCGAGCUUCUCUCCUUGAGGACGCGAUGCCGCACGAUGAGCUCAUAGGCCACCACAGCCCCCGAGCUUCUCUCCUUGAGGACGCGAUGCCGCACGAUGAGCUCAUAGGCCACCAUAGCCCCCGAGCUGCUCUCCUUGAGGACGCGAUGCCGCACGAUGAGCUCAUAGGCCACCACAGCCCCCGAGCUUCUCUCCUUGAGGACGCGAUGCCGCACGAUGAGCUCAUAGGCCACCAUAGCCCCCGAGCUGCUCUCCUUGAGGACGCGAUGCCGCACGUCCUCUCGGGAGAACCCUCUCCCCUCCCCCACACCUGCAGGAUGAGCUCAUUGGCCACCAUAGCCCCCGAGCUUCUCUCCUUGAGGACGCGAUGCCGCACGUCCUCUCGGGAGGAUGAGCUCAUAGGCCACCACAGCCCCCGAGCUUCUCUCCUUGAGGACGCGAUGCCGCACGAUGAGCUCAUAGGCCACCACAGCCCCCGAGCUUCUCUCCUUGAGGACGCGAUGCCGCACGAUGAGCUCAUAGGCCACCAUAGCCCCCGAGCUGCUCUCCUUGAGGACGCGAUGCCGCACAUCCUCUCGGGAGAACCCUCUCCCCUCCCCCACACCUGCAGGAUGAGCUCAUUGGCCACCAUAGCCCCCGAGCUUCUCUCCUUGAGGACGCGAUGCCGCACGUCCUCUCGGGAGGAUGAGCUCAUAGGCCACCAUAGCCCCCGAGCUGCUCUCCUUGAGGACGCGAUGCCGCACGUCCUCUCGGGAGAACCCUCUCCCCUCCCCCACACCUGCAGGAUGAGCUCAUUGGCCACCAUAGCCCCCGAGCUUCUCUCCUUGAGGACGCGAUGCCGCACGUCCUCUCGGGAGGAUGAGCUCAUAGGCCACCACAGACCCCGAGCUUCUCUCCUUGAGGACGCGAUGCCGCACGUCCUCUCGGGAGGUGAUCAUACUCACUAA